CGCUGCAUCCAGCUUACUUGCUGUCAGAGCCGUGUUCUCGCCGGAGCUCGGUGCCGCAUCGCAGACAGCUUCUUCUUCUUCUUCCCUGCUCACUCUAGGUUCUUCCAGACACCCCAAACCCACCCCCCCCUUUCCGCCCCCAUGUUCGGACCGGAUAAACUGGGCUACGAGAUGGAUUUCGGCUACAGGAGCACGGCUUCCCUGGGAGACUUUAACCCGUUCAGCGCUAGCAUCCCGGCCACCAAAGUGGAGUUAACAAUCUCUUGCAGGAACCUUUUGGACAGAAAGGAGAUUAAUAAUGUUUUCUUUCCUGUUACAGUAUGUGUAUUGUAUACACAAGGUAUUGGAAACAAGGAAUGGAGAGAGUAUGGCAGGACAGAAGUAAUUGACAACACAUUAAAUCCAGACUUUGUCAAAAAAUUUAUAAUGGACUACUUCUUUGAGGAAAGACAGAAUCUGCGAUUUGAUCUAUAUGAUGUCGACUGCAAAAGUCCCAAUUUAGCAAAACAUGAUUUUCUUGGACAGAUGUUUUGCACUUUGGGUGAAAUAGUUGGAUCUCAAGGAAGUCGUCUCGAGAAGUCUGUAACAGGAAUUCCAGGAAAGAACUGUGGAGCCAUUAUUGUCACUGCUGAAGAGCUGAAUAAUUGCAGAGAUGCUGUGUUAAUGCAGUUUUGUGCCAAUAAACUUGACAAGAAAGAUUUUUUUGGAAAAUCUGACCCCUUCCUAGUAUUUUUCAGAAGCAAUGAGGAUGGCAGCUUUACAAUUUGCCACAAGACAGAAGUAGUAAAGAACACAUUAAACCCAGUCUGGCAGGCAUUUAAGAUUCCAGUCAGAGCUUUGUGCAAUGGGGAUUUUGACAGAACAAUUAAAAUAGAAGUGUACGAUUGGGAUAGAGAUGGAAGCCAUGAUUACAUUGGUGAAUUCACCACAAGUUAUCGGGAGCUGUCUAGAGGGCAGUCACAGUUCAAUGUCUAUGAGGUAAUAAAUCCCAAGAAAAAAGGAAAGAAGAAAAAAUACCUAAAUUCUGGAACUGUUACUUUGCUUUCUUUUCUAGUGGAAACAGAAGUUUCGUUUCUUGAUUAUAUUAAAGGAGGGACCCAAAUCAAUUUCACAGUCGCCAUAGACUUCACAGCAUCAAAUGGGAACCCUGCACAGCCCACCUCUCUGCACUACAUGAAUCCUUAUCAGUUGAAUGCAUAUGGCAUGGCAUUAAAAGCAGUUGGAGAAAUUAUUCAGGAUUAUGACAGUGAUAAAAUGUUUCCUGCACUAGGAUUUGGAGCAAAGUUGCCACCUGAUGGAAGAGUAUGUCAUGAGUUUGCUUUGAAUGGCAAUCCACAAAACCCUUACUGCCACGGGAUAGAAGGUGUUAUGGAAGCCUAUUACAGAAGUCUGAAAAGUGUACAGCUAUAUGGUCCAACAAACUUUGCCCCAGUAAUUAAUCAUGUAGCAAGAUAUGCUGCCUCAGUAAAGGAUGGCUCCCAGUACUUUGUUCUACUGAUUAUUACAGAUGGAGUUAUCUCGGACAUGGCUCAGACAAAGGAAGCAAUAGUCAAUGCUUCAAAACUUUCAAUGUCAAUUAUCAUUGUGGGAGUGGGACCUGCAGAAUUUGAUGCUAUGGUAGAAUUGGAUGGAGAUGAAGUCCGAGUAUCUUCAAGAGGACGGUAUGCAGAAAGGGACAUUGUCCAGUUUGUUCCUUUCCGAGACUACAUUGACCGAACUGGAAACCAUGUACUCAGCAUGGCACGACUUGCUAAAGAUGUAUUAGCAGAGAUUCCGGAUCAGUUUCUCUUGUACAUGAGAUCCAGAGGAUUCAAGCCAUUUCCUGCUCCACCUCCAUACACACCAACUGGGCACCCUUUACAGACUCAGAUCUGACUAGUAUAAAGUACAGUUCUUCCAACAUUUGUGAAAUCUUGCAAGCUGCCGAUGCCAGGCCAGCUUCAACGUAAGGUGCACUAAGUCUGGACUUUUGAAGAGCCUGCUUGUUUGCAUUGAAUAGAGAUUGACUUUUCCGGAUCUAAAUGAUUCUGUUUACAGACCAAAACUGUAAAUAUGGAUACAUGUGAAAGCAGAAAGAUUUUAUAUACUCGACAGGAAAAAAUCAAAUGACUGAAACUGUUUCCUGAGUCUUAUUUUUGUGACCAUUUAUUUUUAUUAUUAAAACUGUUGGGGGAAGCACAAAUCACACCCUUAACCCAAACUGUAUCAAUCUCCCUAACCGAGCUCUACUUAUGUGGGAAUGCAAUUCCUUGGUGUUAAUGUUUACAUGUUACUAAUUUUUAAAUUUCAGUACUUUUGUAACUAUUCUUACAGAAAGUUUUAAAUUCUAUAAAAUCCAGUGUCUUCUGACUGGCAAUAAAUAUAGCCACAAAAAAAGCAAUAGCACUUUAAUGGAUCUCUUACACAAACAUUAAGAGAUGUGGACAAGUGCUUUCACACGUCUUUGAAAGGAAGAAGAAAUCCUGAGAUGCAGCACUUAAUAGCCUGUCCUCAUAAGUAAAUUAGCUUACCACACACAAAUCAGAAAAAGUGUGAUUUUAUUUUGAAUAUUUUACCCUGAAUAAUUUAUUCUUAAUU